AUGCUGGGACGCGCGCUGAGGAAUGUUGCCAAGCAGGUGGCGCCCCUGUCGCGGGGGUUCGCCACGGAGCUCCCCGAGCGCAAGGUGGUCGUGCUCGGCGCCGCUGGCGGGAUCGGCCAGCCCCUGUCGAUGCUCAUGAAGAUGAACCCGCUGGUGUCGGAGCUCGCCCUCUAUGACAUCGCGGGCACCCCUGGCGUCGCUGCCGACGUCGGGCACAUGAACAUGCGCGCCAAGGUGGCCGGUUUCGCCGGUGACGACCAGCUCGGCGACGCCCUCAAGGGCGCCGACCUCGUCGUCAUCCCGGCGGGCGUGCCCCGCAAGCCCGGCAUGACCCGCGACGACCUCUUCAAGAUCAACGCGGGCAUCGUCAAGUCUCUCAUCGAGGCCGUCGGCAAGCACUGCCCGAGCGCGCUCAUCAACAUGAUCUCGAACCCGGUCAACUCGACGGUGCCGAUCGCCGCGGAGACGCUCAAGUCGAUGGGCGUGUACGACCCGAAGCGCCUCUUCGGCGUCACGACGCUGGACGUGGUUCGCGCCAACACGUUUUACGCCGACAAGACCGGGCAGCCCGUGCGGAUGGUGCAGGUGCCCGUGGUCGGCGGGCACGCGGGCGUGACGAUCCUGCCGCUCUUCUCGCAGGCGCAGCCGUACGUGAAGCUCGACGACGCUACCCGCGAGGCCCUGACCAAGCGCACGCAGGACGGCGGGACCGAGGUGGUCGAGGCCAAGGCCGGGAAGGGCUCGGCCACGCUCUCGAUGGCGUACGCCGGCGCGAUCAUGGCCGACGCGUGCCUCAACGGCCUCAACGGCCAGAAGAACGUCGUGCAGUGCUCGUACGUCGAGUCCUCGGUCGUGCCCGGGCUCCCCUUCUUCAGCUCGCGCGUCAAGCUCGGCCGCGACGGCGUGGAGGAGGUGUUCGACCUCGGCCCGAUGGACGACUUCGAGAAGGCCGGCCUCGAGAAGAUGAAGCCUGAGCUGGAGAGCAGCAUCGCCAAGGGGGUGGAGUUCGCCAAGGGGGCGUGA